AAGCAUUUGCCUUCCCAGAGCCUCACUUGCUACCUGUCUGUGAAUGGUGAAAAGCAACACCCAGGCCAGAUGAAGACCUAUGUCCCCUGUGUGUGCCGAAAAGACUAGGGUCUCCUAAUGUUAGACUAAGUACAAAACCAUGCAGUGCAGGGUAAGGAAGUCAGUGGCAUUCUGAUUCUUUCCAUGAAGCAAUGCUGAUGUGUUUUUGGUAGCAUAAUUUUUCCAGAAGACAUUUUUCAUCACCUUUUUGGUGCUCCUGAUCUGUGGGUGCUAUGAGCCCCUGCAUGUCUGUCUUCUGGGUGAUCUAGCACCAUCUCUUUUUACCACAAGGAGGUGUCAUGAGGAUCCAGUAAAAACUGCGAACAUGCUAGGUAUGUAAUGUAUUCAGUAUGUGUUGAUUCAGUCUGAAUUCAGAUCUGUUCGUGUCUGCUUUUUCCUGCAAGGAGAACUGGAGGCCAGAGAGGGGUGCAGGGUGGUAGAGAAGCAUGGACCAGUCUCCCUGGGUGGGGUCCGAGGCGAGUCCCAACCCCUUAUUAAUUCAGGAAGAAGUAAAAUACUGUUGUCCUAGUUUGAAUUAGCAUUAAGAGCAGUAGCCUUACAGGUUACAAGUGGGGGAAACAGCAGGGAAUGAAAUUUCAUUUGCAGUUUGCACCCUCUGUAUGUGCUUUGUGCCUAUCCAACGGUGCUCUCUGUGUCAUCACAGGGGCUCCAGGAGGUAGCACAGACAGAGCUGCUGAGUGGCUUGCCCAAGGCUGCUGAAUAACAGAGAGCAGCUCUCCGGAAGCCACAGGGGCUGAGGGAAAUGUGGGCUCUCCCAGCCCCAUUGUGAGAACUGCUCCAUGGAGUUGACUGUGACUCAAGUGAGGAUUUUUGGCCAUAAACAAAAGCACUUUCAUCAAGAAGCGUGGACUGCAUCUCAGCUGAGCUCCCCAGAGCCCUGUGUGUCCGUCCAGCCAGGCCAGCACUGGAAGGAACCUCACCUGUCUACCAACUCUUGAGUACCUGGGAUUUGAGGUUCAGAAGCCUGAAGAUGUCUAAUGACCCGCCCCCUCCUUACCCUGGAGGCCCCACAGCUCCACUUCUGGAGGAGAAAAGCGGAGCUCCGCCCACCCCAGGCCGAUCCUCCCCUGCUGUGAUGCAGCCCCCACCAGGCAUGUCGCUGCCUCCUGCAGACAUUGGCCCCCCACCUUAUGAACCGCCAGGUCACCCAGUGCCCCAGCCCGGCUUCAUCCCCCCACAUGUGAAUGCAGAUGGCGCCUACAUGCCUCCAGAUUUCUACCCUCCUCCAGGCCCCCAUCCAUCCAUGGGCUACUACCCACCAGGGCCCUACCCACCAGGGCCCUACCCUGGCCCUGGGGGUCACACAGCCACAGUCCUGGUCCCUUCAGGUGCUUCCUCCACAGUGACCGUGCUGCAGGGAGAGAUCUUUGAAGGCGCACCUGUACAGACGGUGUGUCCCCAGUGCCAGCAGGCCAUCAUCACCAAGAUCUCCUAUGAGAUUGGCCUGAUGAACUUCGUGCUGGGCUUCUUUUGCUGCUUCAUGGGGUGUGACCUGGGCUGCUGCUUGAUCCCUUGCCUCAUCAACGAUUUCAAGGAUGUGAUGCACACAUGCCCCAAUUGCAAAGCCUACAUCUACACGUACAAGCGCCUAUGCUAAUGGAGACUGGACUGGACUCCCCGCUGUCAGUCUGGACCCCUGUGCUUUGCUCCCCAUGCUCAGUGGCUCAUGGCCCCACUCCCACUUGGGGGUGGACGCUGUUUCACUGGUCCCCUGGAACUCUUAUUGUCUUUGCCUUGCCCUUCCCUAAGCAUCUGACUCUUCCAGCAAAAAUUCUGUUGGGUUUAAGGCCAAGGGUCAGCGAGUGGCAGGGAGCUGGCACUGAGCAUGUAUGUUGCUGGUUUGCUUGGUGUUUGAUUAGAAAGAUAAACUGGGAAGGGUCUCCCUGCUGGAGUCUCACUCCUCCAUUUUUGUAUGAAGUAUUAGUUUGGUCCUGAUUCUCCCUGGGACCAAAAGCAGCCAGAGCAAUGGUUGGUUUUCCAGACCUGGGCCUACAGUGGGGCUGUGCCUGUAGCCACAGUUUCUGAUCUGCUGGGCCAAGAGUGGGGACAUGAAUCCAAACAGGACAGGAUCAUAAGGCCAGUGUUUGUUUCUGGAGUGACAGAGGUAGACAUGACUGUCAAGGAAUGAUUCUGGCCCUCAGAACUCUCAGGAACUCAACACCUUGUCCAAGUGCCCAGAAGUCACCUGGAAUAAGAGAGAGGUCAGCACAACUGCAGUUCAUGGGAUAAGUGAUUGGGCCCAGGCUCACCAAAGGACUUGCCUCUGGCCCCUGCCUAGCUCCCUUUCUGGCAAUGCCUCCGUGAACGUCUCUUUACUGGUGCCAGAAGGAAUGUCCAGGAAUCUAGCCCCUCUGUCCAUAUCAUGUCCUUGCUGCGUGUGGGCAUGACCUCUGCCUGGCGGCUGGUGUAUCCCAGUUGGGACCAGAGAUGGCAGAUAGGGCCUCUCCCUGCAGGCACUCAAGAUUUACAGUGCUCUCUCCAUGGAUCCUCUUCUAGUGAAUGCUGGGCCCUUCAUCCAGGUUGACUGACUGUCACUGUGCUUGCUUCAGGCACUACAGCAGGAGCGAAUGUAGCACUGGAUUGGGGACCAGGAAAGAGCAACCACAGUGGCCGAAGUACCCUGGUGGACUACCCCUGCCCUGGGCCUGAGGCCAUGCUGUCUUUAUUUUCUGAAUGGUUUGUGAACUUGCUCCUGUGGACUGCUAUACCCUGUUGCCACCCCUCUCUCCUGGUCUCACACUGCCACUGCAUGGCCUUCUCUCACUGUGAAUUGUGGCCGGUCUGUUUGUAGUUUCUCAUUAAAUUGGUCCUUUCACUCCCCUGC